AUGUCCAUCAACAAGUACAGACUCUACAUUGCUUUCUACACCCGCGAUUACCCCCCUCCUCAGGCCUCCAAGUACGACAUGUACGAUGUCGGGCUCCUCUUCCUCCCCAAGGGUGCCGACAUUGCCUCCCCCGAGCCUGUCGCCCGGUCAUGGACCGCGUAUAUCGACAGGAACGGGCAAUGGGUUCUCGAUGAAAGCAAGGUCAGGAGCAGGCAGACCAAAUUGGUCGGACUUGUGUUUUUGGAUAAAGUCGCUAACCCAAAGGACGCUUCACGCGUCUUCGCGAAUAUGCGAUGGAGAACCAUUGGAUGUCAUGACUGGGUGAUCAAGGCAAUCGACGCUCUGGUAGCAGCCGAGGUAGUGACGGACCUCUAUGUCAAGGCAGUCAGACGUGAGGAGAUACUGAAGACUGGCUUCACUUUCGUUGAGGCAAAUCUAGGGCUAGUCAAGCCGAGCUAUGUUCCUACCUGUCAUAUCAACGGUACAGUUAUCAAGUCCGCCCUGGAAGGCUUUUGA